AUGAGAGGGUGGUAUGUUGAUGGUUCGUUCGAGAAGAUAAUCUAUUUACACCAUAGGGGUGCGUUGAAAGUCCGUGCUUCAACUAAAUCUUUAAAAUUCUGGAAUCUAGAACUUCUUCGUGCACAAUGUAUCGUGGAGACAUGUCGAACUUUGAACACGAACUCUCAAGCUGUAAUACAGACCCAACCAAGUGUUUCCAUGGUUCGCAAAUUCUUUCGUCGCCACGUGGAGCGUAUACGUAGGCCUGUCAUCCACCACCUCGGGCUAGGAUGGCAGUUUCCCCUCCCACCCGAUGUCGUGUUGUCCAUCCUCGACACAUAUUUUUUCCAAAACCCUACAACCAUUGGCGAACUGAGCUUAUGCUGUCACAGCCUCGCCCAGUUAUGUCGUUCGCGCCGGCUCCGUGCUCUUUCCGUGGAUACCCAAUUUCUCGAGCCACUCCAGGACUUUGCCACCUCUCUCCGCAGGUAUUCCGACAUGCACGAGCUUAUCCAAGACCUGUGCAUUGUCGGAGACAACAUUUCAUCCUUUCCGGCUGCAUUCGCGGAGCAGCUCCACUUUAUCCUCACUCAUUCGUAUCCAAAGUUAACGCGCCUGGAAAUGUCCUUUCGGGCGCCAUGGUCAUCAUUUCCUAAACAAUUCCAACAUGCCUGCCAUUCAAUGUUUAGUCAGCCUGCCUUGCGGGAGGUAGUGUUCAACAGACUAUGCAUCCGUGUUGACAUGCUAUCGCAUCUUCCUAACAUAUCUUCCCUGGAAAUUCGAGGGGAUGCCGACCGACAACCGCUGCCGCUCUCCAGAAGAAGCGACUCUUGCUGCACACCUGAGCAUCUGGUCUUCUGUGAUAGCAGCAAUACCGGCAUCAUUACUAGAAAUUUGUUUCACGAGGAGUCGCCCUUGAAGUUGACCCGCUUGAAGAAGAUGGAGGCCUACAUUUCCAAUGUGCAAGCGGGUAGCCUUGCCUUGCCGCUCAAAAUGUGCGCAAGAACUCUAACAUCUCUGCAUCUCUACCUUGGUGCAAGUGGCAACGCAAUUCCGGCUACAAUCGACUUGGGAUUACUCACUCAUUUGGAAGACAUAUUGCUCACUUGUGACCUCACGAAAGGUCCCCAGCAUCACUUCUCUCAAGUCCUCGAUGCACUUUCCCGUCUGGGCUCGCAACCAGCUCCUGUCCGACAUCGACAUUUAUUACAAAUUACCCUCGUCUUUCGCAACAACGAUAUCGAUUUUAUAAAAUACCCCAAAUGGGACCGCCUCAACGCGCUUUUCGCUCCUUCUCUGGAGACAGAAUGGCCAAAACUUGCAAACAUGAACAUUCACAUCAUGCACGAAACCGUACGGGACAGGCUGAGGCGGUACGUGCAAUACUCGCUCAGAGAGAAGAUUGGUUCCCUUAUGCCUGGUCUACACCAUGCACGGAUAUUGAAGAUCCAUUCGUCGUUUCAAUCGCUCGAAUUUUGGGACUUCUAA